CUUUUCCCGUAUAUGCACUUCCCAAGCGAAUCUGACAAUCAGACAUACGGUAUCAGACAUAUCAGACAAUUAGCUACUAAACUGAGCUAGGUACCUAUCACAUCCAUCCAUCAGCUGCCUGCAGGGCAACCCAUUCAAACUCCCCAACUCCAGACUUUCAAAAACAACAACUUCUUCUGAUAUAUUUCUCAACUUGUUGGAGUUUACAUUUAUUGUAUCAUCCCAGCCAUAACUUACCCAAUACUCGACAGUCUUAUGUGCAUUCGACACAACCUAUACACGAACCAUUGUCGCAUCCAGCCAUGACGACUGUUGAUAUAGGCCGUUACAAACGCCUCGUCCAGUAUUUCUGGGAUCCCGAACCUACAAACAAUAUCGCAUCGAAGUCACCUAUUUGGUGUUUAGGUGAAGAAUAUCUUGUUUCAGACAAGUCAUCCACCUCAGCUGUUACAGAAUCUCCUCCCCAAGAAGGAGGAUAUCUAAUCGCACAAUCUUUAUCCACGACAGAAACUACAACUCCACCAGACAGUACCGUCGGCAGCCUUGAAUCAAGCUCAGAAUACGAUAAUUGCGAUACAGCUAGCACAGAUGGAGGAUGGCCAACCGCAUUUCUUGACGAUUUCGAAGCCAAGAUAUGGCUCACAUAUCGAUCCAACUUUCCAGCCAUAGCUAAGUCGCAAGACCCGAAAGCCCUUUCUGCCAUGUCGCUAUCAGUACGCUUGAGAAGUCAGCUUGUUGAUCAAGGAGGCUUUACUUCUGACACGGGGUGGGGUUGUAUGAUAAGGUCCGGACAGAGCCUGUUGGCGAAUGCGUUACUUACUUUGAGGAUGGGCAGAGGUUCGCCUCCUUUAUGUUAUCUUGUUUUAUAUCCAGGCUAACCAUGACGUAGAAUGGCGUCGGGGCUCAUCUAGUAACGAAGAACGCAAGAUUUUAUCUUUAUUUGCCGACGAUCCCAGAGCUCCGUACUCGAUUCACAAAUUUGUUGAGCAUGGUGCAAGCGCUUGUGGGAAGCACCCCGGAGAGUGGUUUGGACCAUCUGCUACUGCUCGCUGUAUACAGUAAGAACACCAUCUUGGAGAAAUCUGAAUGGUAGCUAAUCAUUUACAGGGCGUUGACCAACAGCCAAGUUGAGUCGGAGCUACGGGUGUAUAUCACUGGCGAUGGAUCGGACGUGUACGAAGAUACCUUCAUGAGUAUUGCAAAGCCAAACAGCACAAAGUUCACGCCGACUCUCAUCUUAGUUGGUACAAGGCUGGGCCUUGACAAGAUAACUCCUGUCUACUGGGAGGCGCUGAAAUCCUCCUUACAGAUGCCUCAGUCUGUGGGAAUAGCUGGGUAAGCCGCCUUCGUUUAUGAAUGAUUAUGUACUAAUUUGGUGCAGGGGCCGCCCGUCCUCCUCGCACUACUUCAUUGGUGUACAGGAGUCAGAUUUUUUUUAUCUGGAUCCUCACCAAACUCGACCAGCACUGCCAUUUAAAGAUAAUGUAGAGGACUACACUCUUGAGGAUAUUGACUCAUGCCAUACACGCCGACUUCGACGACUUCACAUAAAGGAGAUGGACCCUAGCAUGCUUAUUGCAUUCUUGAUACGCGACGAGGACGACUGGAAAGACUGGCGACGGGCCGUCAGGGAGGUUCAAGGUAAGGGAGUUAUUCAUGUUGCAGAUAGGGAUCCGGCAUUGCAUGGUCUUGGCGCGGAGCGGGACGGGGCCAUUGAUGAGGUUGAGACAUUCGACGACGACGAUGAUGAUACCGUAUUAAAUGGUUAAGGCACCGAGGAAUAAUCUAUCAGGGGCGUUUAGGCGUAUCAGGUUUUCAGGGUAGCGGGACUCUAUAGAAACCAUGCUUAAUUCAUUCUCAUGUCAAAGCACAAUCCUGAUU